GUGAAGCGAGAAUAUUUAUUUACGGGAGAAAUAUUAACAGUGACAAAAAGUUACAAUUAUAAUCGAUAUUGAGAUUUUUUCUUUUAUUUCUCUUUUUUUAUUUAACUAUACAUUAAUUGGACAAUCAUUAAAAAUUAAGUUAAAUUAAACUUAAAUUAAACUUCAUUGUUUCAUUGUUUCGUCGAGUUAAAUUUGUAAAAUUGAAUAAAUCUAAAGCGAGAAUUUAUUACAGGAUAUUUAUCAGAGAAAUAUUGGCAAUAACAUUUAUAAUCGAUAUUGAGAGUUUUUAUUCAAUUAUACAAUUGAACGCAAUAAUUGAUCAUUAAAAGUUGAAUUAUUUCAUUUCGUUUCGAGUUAAAUUUGUAAAAUUGAUUAAAGCAACAAUAUUUAUUACAGGAUAUUUAUCGACAAAAAAAUUGACGUGCCAACGGAAGAAGCUACAUUUUUACUCCCACGCUUGUAAUGAUUCGUGAUUUCCCAAUAAUGCGAGUCCGAUUAGACACGGUACAUUGGCUUCGUUCAUCUACGCUUCAUCGGCGGUAAAUACAGUCUGAACUCGAAUCUCGCAUUUCUUGGAAAAAGGAGGGGCGACCUGAACGCGCGCAAAAGCACGAAAACCACGUACAAUAAUUAAACGUUUGAAUAAACGCUCGAAUAAUAAAAUUACUUUUAUUAUUCACAAAGAAAAAGUAUUUGUUUUUAAGUUCGAUCGUAAAAAUUAUGACACAACGUAACGUGCUUCGUUAUUAAAUUCGGAUUAAGGUUAAAAAAAAAAAAAAAAAAAGGGGACGAUAAAGAGAAAAGGCGGAAGCGAAGGGUUUUAAUGAAUUUCAAUGAGCUUUCGCGACCCUCCUCCUUCAUUUGCACCAGGGGCUUAGCCAAACGUUAGAUGUUAAACGGGGGAAUUUGAAAUUGCUUCAAUCCCUUGUGUACCCAGUACGAUCGUGUCGAGACAGGGUGCAUUUCAGAGUAGUCAUUCUUUAUUCCAUACACGUCGAAAGAGCAACACAACGUCAUUCACGGCACCAUCUUGCUCGUCUUUUUUUUACCCUCCGCUGUGAGGGGGUUCCAUUCAUCGCUCACGUUUCUUUGGCCUUCGAAUUUUUCUUUUCAACCUGAAUCGUGAAAAUCGAAAAACAACUUACACACACGCACGUUUCGAUUCGUAAAAUUUAACGUAAUACAGAGAGAGAAAUGUAAGAGUGAGUGUAGAUUCUUCUCCUCAAAUUUUUCUUAAACUUAUUGUGAAAAUUAAAAAAGUUGUACGUACUUUCGAUUAGAAAAUUUACACUGAGAACUGUCUUCUCUAAUUGAUCUGUAGUAACAAUUAUUCAAUCUUAAAAAAUUAUAACACCAUUUCUCUCGUAAUUUUUUCACGUUAUUUAUUUUCUGGCGGAUAAAAUGAAAGCUUGUGUUAUAUCAUACCAUUUCAAGUUGCCUUUCUUUUCUCAUAACCUGCAAUUCGAACUUUUGUGAGAUGGAAUUUUUAUUUUAAGUAAAAUAAAACAAUAUACUUUCGAUAAUUAAUUUCUAUCAUAGAAUACGUGAGAUACUGCGUUUUAAAUUUUUCACUUUAUAAUUAAACAAGUAGAACAAGUAGAACAAUUUUCGUAUGAAAGAAAAAGUUAUCUUCCUAUCCAUAUAUUUAUACGUAAGAUUUUAUACAUAAAAUCUUCUUCGUGCUAAUUAGAUACACGGAAAUCAUUGUAAUUUUCUUACCUAGUGAUCGUCGUCAUUAUAUUAUUAUAUCAUAUGCAUCCUGUUCGAAUAUUUAUUCCUUUCUUGGAGAGCAAUUCCGCAGGAAAAUACCAAACGAACUAACAAUGAAGAAACGAAUAAUGAUCGUUCUUUUUAUUCUCUCGACAAUGUUUACGUCCAAGUAUCCUGUAUCGUGUACAAAGAUUUCUUCUCGGAUUGCGUUCGAUUCCCAAGAAAAUGGUGAAGAUUCAAAAAAUUGGAUUCGAACGAGGAAAAUUUGCAAUGUUACCGUGUCAUCAAAAGUGAACAACGAAGAUAACGUUGUGAUCGACGUUCGUCUUGAAAUAAUAACGAAAUUAAAGAAAGAUUUUGAGAUGAAUGACAUCCCGAUCAUCGAUAGAGUUCGCAGUAUUGAAAUUAUCGAGACGAUUUAUUGAUACAUUUCUACUAUAUGAUACACAGGUAAAAUCGAAUAUUUUAAUUAGAAUGAUUUCGUGAUUUCAGAGAAUUUUUUUUUUAAUCGAAGAAAUAUUUCAGACUCAAAGUCUAUCAAAAUGGUGAACCUUGGUAUCAGGCUUUCGAAGAACUUUUGAAGAAAGAACUCAAAUUCGACAAUAAAAUCGAAGUUUAGUAAAGUUUAAUCGAAUAAAAAAAAAUAAAACAUAAGAAUAUUAUCAAUUGGUAUUUCUCUUGCUGAUGAUAUCGUGUUUAAUAAAAUACAAAUUUAAAUGUAUGUAUAUGAUUAUAUAUAUAAGGAAUCCUAUAUUUAAUUACCUUACAAAAUGGAAUGAAAAAGGACAAAAAAUAUGCAAUUACAGACAAUUUAAAUGUAUAUAUAUGUGUAUAGAAGGAA